CGGGUCCGUUCAUGUGGUGCUGAUCACUGCAGGCCAGCCAGGCGUCAUAUGAUUUAGAUUGUACGUCUAUUGCCUGAUCCACACUCCGGAGCAGAAGGUGGCGGAAAUGCACCAAUAAGCUGGAUGCCAACCGCCGUAAAACAAGAUUAAUAAUAAUAAGAAGAAGGCCAGCCAGGCAGGCAAUCCCCUUUCUUUCUCUUGUGUCUGAGCUGCUGAGAAGAGCGACAUGCCUGGACUUCUGUUGGGAGACGAGUUCCCCAACUUCGAGGCCGACACCACCAUCGGCAAGAUCAAGUUCCACGAUUUCCUGGGAAGCUCAUGGGGUAUCCUGUUCUCCCACCCAAGGGACUUCACUCCUGUCUGCACCACUGAGCUCGCCUGUGCCGCACGGAUCAGCGAUGAGUUCAAGAAAAGAGGUGUGAAGAUGAUUGCCUUGUCGAUUGACAGUGUUGAGGAUCACUGCAACUGGAGCAAGGAUGUGAUGGCAUUUAACAGUGAGGCUGAAAGCGCUCUGCCCUUCCCCAUCAUCGCCGAUGACAAGAGAGUGCUGUCUGUCCAGCUGGGCAUGCUUGACCCCGAUGAGAGAGACAAGGAUGGAAUCCCCCUCACCGCUCGCUGUGUCUUUGUGAUUGGCCCAGACAAGAAGCUGAAGCUGUCCAUCCUCUACCCUGCCACUACCGGAAGGAACUUUGAUGAGUUACUCCGAGUUAUCGACUCUCUGCAGCUCACUGCGCAGAAGAAGGUUGCCACCCCUGUCGACUGGAAGCCUGGCGACAAAGUCAUGGUCAUUCCCUCGCUGUCUGAGGCUGAAGCUGCUGCUCUCUUCCCCAACGGUGUUACCACUAAAGAGGUGCCUUCUGGGAAGAAAUACUUGCGCUACACCCAGCCCUGAAGAGACACUUAAGACUACAUCCUGCUAUAGUUUACUGCUCUUUGACCUGGAAAUCUUUGGAUGAUAAUUCACAUAUAUAGCUGACCAGAAGCACAGAUGCACUUAUCUGAUUUGAUGACUAGUUUUCUUUAGUCAUGCAAUGUGUCCAGCAAUGAACCAGGAGCAUUUCUAGUGUCAUUGUACAGUGCCUUGUUUACCUUCCUUCAAUAAACACACUUUCACACA